AUGCCGGACCCAGCGAUGGACGCGCCGACGCAGGCGAUCCCUGUGCCGCGCCCGAGCGAGCAGGAAGAUGCUAGCAUACCUGAUACGCUCGGCACGUCGCACCGCUCAAGCCUGUCUGGCUUCUUUGUCGGCUCGUUCCUCGGGCCGCAGCGCAGCCCUCGUGCGCUGGCCGAGGACGAGACGCAGCCGAUGCUCACGCCGGACCCGCAUGCGCCGUUUGCGCCGCCGCACGACCCGCGCAUCCCGAUCGCCCCGGCGCCGACGAGUAUGGGCAAUGCGUCGGGAUAUGGCACGAUGCGCCCGCCCACCGCGGCGGCGAUGGCGGCGCCGGGCGAAACGCCUACCGCCCACCAAGAGAUCCGCGAUGAGCUCUGGGUGCUCACGCGCUAUACCAUUCCUAUCUGGGCGACGCACAUUUUGGAGCUGAGCCUGUCGAUGGUGUCUGUCUUUUCGCUCGGACACCUCGGCACCGUCGAGCUCGCUGCCGCGUCGCUCGCGGGCAUGACGGCCAACGUCACCGGCUUUAGCGUGAUCAGCGGCCUGAUCUGCGCCCUCGACACGCUGCUCCCGGCGGCGUACACGCGCCAGCCGCAGAUGAUGGGGCUCUGGACGCAGCGCGUCGGCGUCGUCGUCGCCCUCACGCUGCCCUGGAUCAUUUUGCUGUGGCUGAAUGCCGAGCGCGGCCUGCUCCUCCUGCACCAAGAGCCCGAGAUUGCGCACAAGGCGCGCCAGUUUUUGUCCGUGCUCGCGAUCGGCCUGCCGGGCCACGCGAUGUUUGAGCUGUGCCGCCGCUUCCUCCAGGCCCAGGGACUGAUGCACGCGCCGACCGUCGUGCUGCUCAUCGUCUCGCCACUGAACGCUUUUGCGAACUAUAUCCUUGUAUGGGGCCCCCCGGCGGUGCGCUUUGGCUUCCUCGGUGCACCGCUCGCGAGCGCCAUCUCCAUGUGGCUCAUGGCGAUCCUGUGCUUCUUGCAGUGCGUCGUCGCCUCCAAUCAUACCUGGGGCGGAUGGUCGCGCAAGGCGUUUGACUGGGCGGGCCUGCGCGUCUGCCUGUCGCUCGGCCUCGCGGGCCUCCUCUCGCUCGCGACCGAGUGGUGGGCGUGGGAGAUUGUCGGCCUGGUCACCGCCGCGCUCGGCACGACCGCGCUCGCCUCGCAGUCGGUCCUGCUGAUCACCUCGUCGGUGACCUACCAGCUCCCGUACGGCGCUGCGGUCGCCGCGUCGGUGCGCGUCGGCAACAUGCUCGGCGCGGGCAAGCUGCAGGGUGCGCACCUCGCGAGCCGCGCAUCGCUGCUGCUCUCGUUUGCGAUCGGCCUCUUUAAUUCGUCGCUCGUGUAUGUCGCGCGCCACAAGUGGGGCUACCUCUUUAGCAGCGACCCGGUCGUGGUGCAGCUCGUGGCUACCGUCCUGCCGAUCCUCGCGCUGUUCCAGUGCGCGGACUGCGUGUGCGGCAUCGCCGCGGGCAUUCUGCGCGGCUGCGGCCGCCAGUCGCUCAGCGCAGGCAUCAACCUGACCGCGUACUACGUCGUGGGUAUUCCCAUGAGUCUCUUCCUCGCGUUUGGGCCGGCGCACAUGGGCCUCACGGGCCUCUGGUGGGGCCUGACCUUUGCUUUGAUCUACGGCGCGGGCCUUGCGUUGUGGUGCGUCCAGCGGACCGACUGGCAGGCAGUCAUGCGCAAGAUGCACCACAAUAUGGGUUUCAGCGAAGCCGACGAUGUAUAA